UAAAAAUAAAUGGAGGUUGAAUCUUCGCCUUCUAUUGUUCAUCGGCGAAACUGAUCGCCGCCGUCCCAUCCAGCAGUAAUCGUGAACCACAAUCUCUCUCUUAUAAGCGUUUUCCACGUGGUGCAAACUCACAAUCUGUGUUCGAAGAUGAUUCAGAUUCAGCAACCGGAACGAGAAAUCUAACCACGAGGCCUCCGCCCAAUUUCCGGUGGAUAGGGAAUCGAAAAUUAGGGUUACGAUUCCAUUUUCCCGAAUCAUGUGUGAUAACUAUGAUUCUGGGUUCGAAUUCAAUCUCCUCUACUCUUCAUUUGUUUUGGGAAUUUAGAUUUGUUCUUUCUCUUUCUCCGUCUCUCCCCUCUGCUUCAAUUUCCCAAUGCGACAGCUCCUAAUCCAACAUCUGUCGCGUCCAUUUCGGAAUCUGAUUCUCUCUUCUCCUUUUUCUAUAUUUUUCUCCCUUCAUUUUUAACUCUCCCUUCCCUUAAAUGCCUAUUUAAAUUCCCACUAUGCGAAUUCCCAGGAGACAGGUUUCUCUUUGCCUCUCCUUGUUCUCGCUCGACUUCGCAUACCCUUUUUCCUCCUCAAAUUUUCUCGGAAAUCCCAAUUGCUUUAUCCGCAAACCCAAAGGGAUUCAUACCUUAGGUUCGUCUUCUUUUUCUUCUUCUUUUCUUUCCUAUAUUUAAUGUUGGGUUUGACGUCUGUGGUGCAUUUACAACUCUUCCAAAAUAGGGUCAAUUCAAACGUGUUAUUAACUCCCCUUUUAAUAAUUUCUGCGUUCCCUGUUCUAAUCUUCUCAACCUUCAUUUCCAUACGUUGCUCGGUUGUAAUUAACGUUUUAGUGUAUCUUUUGAGGAUUUAGCUCGAUUCUGAUUCAGGUUCGUUGCUCAAUUUGCCUUUUCCUCUCACAUGAUUAAAUUGGUUGCGUUCUAUUGAUGCCAUGGGUGAGAACCUUGGGACUGUCAUGAAGGACAAGAGAACACAUUCUUUUGAUGUUAACCAUGUCGAGGAUGACCCGUGCAUAUGGUCAUCAUCAAUUGAGUGCAAAAUUGACAUUGGAAAGCAGAUUUUUUGCAAUAGAUCUUUGAAUAUGAAGAACAUUGUUGCCGUUGGCUUUGACAUGGAUUACACGUUGGCUCAAUACAAGGCAGAAACUUUUGAGUCCCUCGCAUAUGCAGGCACAAUAAGAAAACUGGUUUAUGAUUUGGGAUAUUCUGAAGAGUUGCUCAGUUGGUCGUUUGAUUGGAAAUACAUGGUCAGAGGUUUGGUUCUUGAUAAAAAGAGAGGCAAUAUAUUGAAGAUGGAUAGGCACAAGUAUGUCAAAGUGGCCUACCAUGGUUUCAAAGAGUUGUCCAAGGAUGAUAAAGUCGAGACCUACGGAAACACUCUAGUACGGGAUUCUUUUGAUGAACCUGACUAUGCUCUCAUUGAUACCCUUUUUUCACUAGCUGAAGCCUACUUGUUCGCUCAACUUGUCGACUUCAAGGAUAACAAUCCAGACAAAGUUCCAGAAGAUAUCGAUUAUGCUCGAAUGUAUAAAGAUGUAAGAGCUGCAGUAGAUUUGUGUCACCGCGAUGGAACCUUAAAGCAAAUGGUCGCCAAAGAUCCCGAAAGGUAUAUCAAUGUGGAUACGUCGAUUUUGCCCAUGCUUAAAAUGCUUAGAGAUUCGGGCCGCUCUACUUUCUUGGUGACAAACAGCUUAUGGGACUAUACAAACGUUGUGAUGAACUUCCUUUGUAAUUCUUCUGUACCAGAUGGUGAUCAGAAUUUGAAUUUUGAUUGGCUUCAGUAUUUCGAUGUUGUUAUCACUGGCAGUGCUAAACCAGGCUUUUUCCAUGACGAUAACCGUGCUAAUCUAUUUGAGGUCGAUGCAAAGUCAGGAAUGCUACUUAAUACUGAUAAUGGCUCGCCCAUGCCUCAGGUGGGAGGUGCAUCCCUAGCAUUGUCACCGACGAAGUUAGCUAAAUCCUGUCGAGUUUUUCAGGGAGGCAAUGUCAGGCAUCUGCAUAAACUUCUGUCCAUUGAAUCAAGCUCACAGGUUCUCUAUGUUGGAGAUCACAUCUAUGGAGAUAUAUUACGAAGCAAAAAGGCUCUCGGAUGGAGGACUAUGCUUGUCGUUCCAGAGCUCGAAAGGGAGGUCGAGCUCUUAUGGGAGUUGAGGAAGACCCGCAAGGAACUUCAGGAACUAAGAAACGAGCGGAACGUUAUUGAAGACAAAAUACAUCAUUUGAAGUGGUCUCUCAAGUUUGAAGACGUUGAGGCUGAUGAGAAGGACAGAUUAUCUGGUGAACUACAUCAGCUAGAGGGUGAACGCGAACGAGUGCGGCUGAGCCAUCAAGACGCGCUCCGGGAAUGUCACCGACAGGUAUUACAGUUUCAUGGAGUUUGGGGACAGCUGAUGAAAACUGGAUAUCAAAACUCAAGAUUUGCUCAUCAAGUAGAGAGAUUUGCAUGCCUUUACAGCAGCCAAGUCACCAACUUGAGCUUAUACUCCCCAGAUAAAUACUACAGGCCGAGUGAAGAUUUUAUGCCCCAUGAAUUUGGGAUCGUCUGUUUGUGAAAAUAGUUCAAAAAAAUAAAAACUGUGUGUGUUCAUAAAUUCCUUCCCCCUCUGAUUUGUUAGCAGUGUUAGUACAUAGUCGCACUUGCACCAUUCAACAUUUCAGAAAAAAAAUUGUAUUUGUAAUUUCCUUGACAUUUACAAAAAUAAUUAUUUGGUAAUUGUUCUU